GCUUAAAAUUGAUAGUGACUAGGGUUUAUGUACAAAAUCCAAGGGUUUUAGAAAGAAGAAGGUGUGUGCGCUCAAACAAUGGGUAAAGAUGGAGAUCUAUGGGACGAUUCAGCUCUCAUCAACGCUUUCGACAACGCAAUUUCUUCUUACAAGCAGAAAAUGCACAAUACAGCCAAAAACAAACAAGAAUCAGAACCAAUCAUUGAAGAAAACGUUGAAAUUUCAACUACUUCAAGGGUUGUUGAAGAGAAAAUUGAUGUUCCUGAUAUUGAUUCAAAGUUGGAAGAAAAUCAUAAACCUUGUUUAGAUUCAACAAUUGGUCAAGAAACUCAAAAUGCGCAUAAUGGGUAUUCAUAUGAACAAGGUUUUGAUGAUUAUAAUAAGCUAGUUGCUGAGUACUAUGAACUUGAGGAAAAAAGGUUGAAGAUUUGGGAGCAAAUUAAUCAAUAUGGUGGUUGGAAUCAACAAUAUGCAGCAACUGGGCCGAACUCUGGUGUGACGUAUUCUGAUGGUCAAUAUUAUUCGAUGUCUGCACAGCAAGUUUCUGAUCCGAAUGUUGUAUGUUCGUGUUGUCCGUGUUUUAGUCAAUGUGCUGUGGAUUCGUGUGCAUCGGUUCCGGGUUGUUCUGUUGGUGGGUCGGGUGUUGGUAAAGCUUGUAAUGAUUGUACUGUGGAAAAGGGUAAUAAAGUGUCGAUUCCUUGUGGAGAUGGUAAGAUGCAUGAGAUGGCGAUGGGGGCAGCGGAGAGGGCACUUUCUACUAUUAGAACAACGAUUUCUGGAGAUCUUAAUGUAAACGAAGAUAAAAAGAAAGAGAAUUCUGAACCUGAACAAACUGGUGACUCAGCAACGGAUCUUACUGCUGUUCUGAAUGCUUGGUAUUCAGCUGGCUUCCAUACCGGGAAGUAUCUUGCUGAACAAUCAAUUGGAAAUAGAAGACAGAUAUAAACUCCUACCUUCAAGUGGAAGCAAAAGGGCUCCCCUCCAUAUUCUAAAGAGUUAGGUUAUUGAUUUACAUUUUUACAUCUUUGCAAAACCAAGAAGAGAAUGUCAAUAUUCUGAUUGGCCCAUGACACAAUUUAAGAGGAUGAAAGCAACGGCAACGGUUGCCGGCUGUGACAACACCUGUGGUUGGUAGCAAGGGCAGUAACUCCAUGCAUUUCAUCUUUUGCUGAAGAGCUACUUUAUGCAUUUUUUUGUUGAGGGGAACAACUUUAUACUUCUGUGGAUGGUUAUUUGCCUAUUGUUAAUAUUUUUGGUGGAAUCCAUGUGAAAAUUUGUUAUAGCUUGACACAUUCCUGUCAACAACUUCUUUGAUGCAGAUGGUAGUGUUUUUUUCACUUGCGUUCAUAACAAUCAAAUAUACAUUUCUUUUAUAUAGUCCUCAUAAUCUUCAUCUUAGUUUUUCA